GUACAUAAUUAUUUCUUAAAAUUAGUUUUAAAUACUACGUAAAUAAUUUUAAUUUUUGUAAAAAAGAGUAUGCAAAAAAUAAAAUAAAAAUAUAAAUCGAGCAUGACGUCGACGAUAAAUUUUGCAGCAAACGUUCACGCCAGCGUCGAAUCCGUGGCCAAUCCGCCGCGGCGGCGCCCAUGCGACAUCUUCCAUCCUCCGAAAUCAAUCGCAUUUUUUCUGAAUUAAAUUCCAACAAAUUCCUCCCCUCUCCCGCAAGCAAAGGCGCCGCGAUUAAUCACAUUCGCAAUCGACGCAAAAUAAAAUAAAUCCGGCGGAAAAAUGUCGGGGAAACAGACCUACCGCGUGUGCUUCUGCUUCCAGCGGCGGUUCCGGCUGGCGGCGGCGGAGGCGCCGGACGACGUGAAGGCGAUGUUCUUCAAGUACACGGCGGCGAACGGGUUCAUGAGCGUGGAGCAGCUGCGGCGGUUCAUGGUGGAGGUGCAGAAGGAGGAGAACGCGACGCUGGAGGAUGCGCAGGCGCUGAUCGAUGGGGUAAGCCCCCUCAAUGAGCUCAAGCAUCUCACAUUGUUCCACAGGCGCGGCCUCAAUGUCGAGGGUUUUUUCAAGUACUUGUUUGGGGAUUCUAAUCCGCCUCUCAAUCCCAAACUAGGGGUUCACCAUGAUAUGAAUGCUCCACUGUCUCAUUACUUCAUAUACACAGGCCACAAUUCAUAUCUCACAGGGAAUCAACUAAGUAGCGAUUGCAGCGACAUACCUAUCAUAAAUGCACUGCAUAGAGGUGUGAGAGUUAUCGAGCUCGACAUAUGGCCUAAUUCCAAACGAGACAACGUCGAGGUUCUGCACGGGAGGACGCUUACGGCUCCAGUUAAACUCAUCAGAUGUUUGAGAUCUAUUAAGGAACAUGCUUUCGUUGCGUCUGAAUAUCCGGUCGUGAUCACACUCGAAGACCAUCUGACUCCGGAGCUUCAGGCGAAGGCGGCUGAGAUGAUAACUAAAACAUUUGGAGACAUGUUGUUUUCACCUGAUUCGGAGUGUUUGAGCGAGUUCCCCUCGCCGGAAUCUCUGAAGAGAAGGAUCAUCAUAUCAACCAAGCCUCCCAAAGAGUACUUGCAAGCCAAGGAUGCUAAGAUACAUGAGACUGCCUCGAAGAAGGGGAAGGAUACAACGACGCAGGAGCCUUGGGGAAAAGAAAUCCAGAGUUUCAGAACUAAAACUAAUGUAAAUAAGGUUGGUUAUUUAGAUACAGAGUCUGAUGAAGAUGACGAAGAGGAUUCCAAGGUGGAUCAAUACGAGGUACCUGAGUAUAGGCGUUUAAUCGCAAUUCAUGCUGGGAAGGGGCAUGGUGGGAUGCAGGAUUGGCUUAAAGUGGAGGCUAACAAAGUCAGGCGCCUUAGCUUGAGCGAGCACGAGUUGGAGAAGGCGGUUCUAACUUAUGCACAGGAUAUUGUGAGAUUUACGCAGAGGAACUUACUGAGAGUGUAUCCAAAAGGCAUACGUUUCGACUCAUCCAACUACAACCCCUUGAUUGGAUGGAUGCAUGGUGCUCAAAUGGUUGCAUUGAAUAUGCAAGGUUAUGGGAGAGCACUUUGGUUGAUGCAUGGCAUGUUCAGGGCUAAUGGUGGCUGUGGAUAUGUUAAGAAACCAGAUUUCUUGUUGAAGGGUGGAGACGUGAUCUACGAUUCGUUGCCCGUGAAAACGACGUUGAAGGUGACUGUGUACAUGGGUGAAGGAUGGUUUUAUGACUUCCACCACACCUACUUUGAUAACUAUUCUCCUCCUGAUUUCUAUGCAAGGGUAGGAAUUGCAGGAGUGCCAGCUGAUGUAGUGAUGAAGAAGACGAAAACGCUUGAUGAUAACUGGAUACCGAACUGGGAUGAGGUGUUUCUGUUCCCGUUGACGGUUCCUGAGCUGGCGCUUCUUCGCGUUGAAGUGCACGAGCACGAUACGUCGGAGAAGGAUGACUUUGCCGGACAGACAUGCCUCCCCGUCUCCGAGCUGAGACAGGGCAUCCGGGCCGUUCCCCUGCAUACGCGCAAGGGGGAACGCUUCAAGUCCGUUAGGCUGCUGAUGCGGUUCGAGUUCAUCUGACCUGGACUAUUUUUUGUGGACGGAGGGAGUAUAACUGAUUGCAUAAACAUGCUACUUGAUUUUUGGCCUAAUCACAAAAUGUUGGCCUUUGUUACAGCUAGCUGCAGCUAAAGUUAUGUUUGUCCAAAUUUGCCUCUCAAACUACCCAAACUAGCAUAGGAUGAUCCUCCUUUUCAUACUGAUUUUCUUGCCAACUCCUCUCUCCUCACUCGCCUCCGUCAACUCAGCCGGAAUCUUGCAUCUUCCGGCAGUCAAGUUACGCGGCACAACCCACAGAAAGGGCUUCCCACUGUUAACCAGAGCUUGCCCAAAACUCCAUCAUCUCCUGCCUGCUUAGAGUUGUGAUGUUGCCGAAGCUCAGAGACUGCAGCGGCUGAUCAUCCUCGACGAGGCCGCCACGGAGAGGCCGGAGGUAGGCAUGCCAGGAACUCCCACCAACCUCUUCAUGUCACAAGAUUCUUCAUCAGUUUUAGCUCAAAUGGAAGCUUCUGGAAGCAUGUUCGAAGCUGCUAAGGUUUGAAUGGGAGCUCUGUUGCUUGGAUAUGAGCUUUGGAACACAGAAGCAAGUGGCGGAGACGCGACGACGGCGGCGAUUUCAGCAAGUGAGUCAACUGGGAUUUGGUUGUGCCAUUGAUGGAUGUAUUGUCGAAUUCAAGCUUCACUCGUUCAUGAUAGAUAAGCUAAUAAGCUAAAUAUCAUCAGGUUCAAGUUUGACUUAUUUAAUCUACGAGUUUCACUGAAUAAUUUUUACUAAAAUAAGUAUUCGAAAUUGUUUAUGAAUAAUAGGUCGACCUGUUUAAUA